AGUAUUAUCUUGCUCAGCCCUCUGCCGCCGGUGAUCUCUCUCUCUCUCUCUCUCUCUCAACACACACACACAUAGAAAAGCCUGUACUUGAUUUCUACUCGGAACCAAUUAAAUAUUCAUUCUUCAAGCACCAAAUUGCAGACAACCAGUACAUUACCUCUUGAAUCAGUAUUACUGCCCCCCGUCAAUAGCUAGCUAUGAGCAAGUUGAAAAGGUCUCAAAUUCUAAUGCUUUCUAUCCUAGCUGCACUUCUCUUUGUGACACCUCUCAUAUCCUCCUCGUUGAGGCCCAAGUAUCUCUACUUCAUUAUUAAUCUGCUCAUUAUAGCUCUUGGAGCUGAAGCUGGCCUUAUAUCGGCGGCCUUCUCCGAGCCUGUAGAGGAGUCCAAAAGGCAUGCUGUUGUUCCUCUGACAACAAAGCCUGCGAGAUCAUUUGUGACGGCACCUCCAGAUCAUCAAGCCUCCACUAAUGAUCAGGCUAAUGAAGCUCCUGCUAAGGCCAAGGUACUUGAAAAAUCUGCAUCCGAGAAUAUUGUUAGCACUGUUGUAAAAGUGGAUCAUAAAGUAAAAAAAUGUCCCUCCUUGCCAAGCCUUUUCUUUAUAGGGGGUGGCGAUCACGGUACUAAAGCAGUGGAAGAUGUGACUGAAGAGCAUGAAGAAGAAGAAGAAGGAGAAGUUGGUGGAAUUAGUGGGCAAGAAUUAUUCACAAAAGCCGAGACAUUCAUUGGGAACUUCUACAAGCAGCUGAAGAUGCAAAGGGAAGAGUCUUGGAAGAAAAUUCAUGGAUUUUAUCACAAAGCUUUCUAAGAGCAGUAGCGUCGAAUUGAUGAUAAUAUUCUAUAUAUAUAUAUAUUCUGCUUCUAGCUAGCUAGCCAGGCCAUUUGCCAUAUGAUUAUCAGUAUAGAAUCAACGGUUUUUGGGGAAUUAUUAUGGUUUGACAGUACUUAGGGAGCCAUACAAAUAUUUCUUUCAUGGUUCUUUAGUGUAAUUUGUUGGACUUUCUACACACAUAUUUUAGUUUCUUCUA